CCAAUUUCGAGAGCGCUCACUCGCUAGCAGAAAAGUGGCCAGAAAGCAGCACUAGCUUUGCACUCGGCACUCGGUUCACGUUCACGCGCGCUCCCGUUGAAAGUUUGAUCAACUGUGGUUUGUUGUUCGUGUGUAGUACAUGACGAGCGAUCCCUUCCAGUUGACGACGCGUUUCUUCAAUAUUUGUGGUAGCUCUGAAGAGGUGGUUCAAGAGCAAAACCAAAAGUAUACACUUCACUACUGACCUGAAGAGGUUUUGUUGAGAAGGAUCAGUCAGCGUCCAGAGCUUGGACGGUUAGUUUUGCUGGAAAGAGUUUCGAGUCUCUCUGCCUGCAAUAACAGAAAAAACGUGAAACGGUGAAAAUAGAGAAAGCAAGUCGUCAAGGUGCUCAGAAUUGUAGGAAGCUAAGUGUGUGCUCGCGUUAUCGCAACUUGUUAUCGCCCGAUCAUCAUCGCCAUCAUCCGCUAUUGUUGUUUGUGAUUAUUGGAUAACGAUUGUGUCAUAAAGAGGAGAAAAGACGGUUACGAGGAAAAAGACGUAAUUGAAGCGUGUUUGCGAGUGCAAUCCGGUAACACAUAUUACUUUUGGACAGCACCAAUUCCCAAGACAAUAGAGAUUGAUAUCUCAACGUGUGUGUGGUGUGUGUGUGACAGUCAGUGAUUUUUUUCGGUUGUCGAAGUUACCAUCACGCAUCCCUCGGAGGAAGAACCAUCCAGUAGUAAUAGCGUUCAACCGACAAUCAACAUAAUGACGGACGUUGCACACGAGCUAGGCGCACUGCGUCUGAUAAUGGACUCGCCAUUAUCUUCUAAAGUUGCCCUAUUUAACACCACCUUUGAGAGCCAUAGAGAAUCACAGCUUUCCAAUCCUUUUUCCGAAUCUCAAGGCGACGGUCGGAUGCAGAGGUUGAAGAUCAGUAAAGAGGACUACGGCAGACCAAAGGCCGGCAGUCUCACCGAGUAUCGCGGGAAAAAGGCCAACAUCCAGGUCUUCCAAGAGAUGCUGGAGCUAUGUACCGUGAUCGAUGACGAGGGCCAGCCCAUGUCCAAAGCGGACCCCAAUCUCAAGGUUAUUUCAUUCGGCGAGUUGUUCAAUAUCUACACCCACAUCAACGAUAAACUGGUCGGACUGCUGCUGCGAGCCCGCAAGCACGAGUUGAUCCAGUUCGAGGGUGAAAUACUGUUCCAGCGCCGGGAUGACCAUGUGCCGAUCUUUCUGCUGAAACCGAUCGUCAAGAUCCGGGAGAUUCUCGUCGGCAAGCAGACCGAAAUCCGCCGGAGUCUUAGUCCCAAUCCACAGCCCACCGGGGUGCUGAAGUGAGAAAGAGGGCAGUCUGUCGGAGCGAAUCGAAUGAGAGCAUAUGGAGGUUAUCAGGUUGUGAUCGAAGGUGUUUGAGGAUGGAUGUACGAUCGAAUGUAUGAGCCGCCAGCGUGACCGUGUGUUUGAUACACAGCGUAACAUUUGUACUGAGAAUCGUAAUCUGUAUAUUUUAGUAGUUUUUUUUCUGGUUUAUGUUUAGAACAUGCUCGGAACAAAAAGUGUUAUCUCAAAAUUUUCCUCGAUAUCUGUUGAUGUUUUGCCCGUUUUAUUUAACUUACUCGGUAAAACACACAAACGCGCACACAACUCUUCCUGUGAAUUCCAUGGAACCAGACGUGAAUGAUUUUAGUGUAAGUUGAACGUAACAAACAGAACCAAAAAUAGUCGAUAAGUUACCCCCACGUUAUAUCGGACAAAAUAAAUGUUAACUAUUUAUGUUAUCUUUUAUCAAAAUCGGCUACAAUCGAUCAUCGGUUAUUAUUCGUGCAAUAUUUAGAGUUAACCGGUACCAUCAACAUAUCCCGUGCAAUAAUCAUACAGUAUUAUGUAAACCCAGUCCGCAUGAUUUGUCUUCCGGGUUAUCUCAAACGAACUUUAACCCCAAAAAACACUCAACCCCACUUGUUGACCUUCUUUCUUCGAACAAAAAACAAAAUCGAAAAAAUACGGCGUCAACCACACAUUUCGUUUCGCGAAUCCCAAAAAACUUCUCUUUCACAGUUCCAAACGAAAAUUUGAAACCGAAAGUAAAAGGAAGCCUUACACGAAACACAGCAAAAACAACACUUGCGUUUCUAAUCCAGAAAACAAAUCAUGCAACUAGAGUUAGUUAUUCGCACAAAGGCGGCAGAAACGCAACAAACGCAAGCGAUGAGUUUUUUUUAGUUGUUGUUGUUGUUUUGAUAUGGGAAAUGGGAAGUGAAAAUUAAGUCGGCAAACAAACAAACGAACCGAAGAGACGAGAAGAGAAGCUAAUGAAGUCAUAAUGCGAUAAUCGGCGUGAGAGAAGCGUGUCGUUCAAUCCGCGGAAAGAAGUGCUUCCGCUUUCUCGGCGGUGGAUAAUCGAUCCGGGGUUGGAACAAAAAACGAAUGUGCCGCCGGGCUUAAUUGUUAAAUUGGGUAUUUUGUGUGAUUGACGGAUAGAUGAGAAGGACAUUACUAAGGUAGUUUAAAGACUUAUCGAAACAUGCGUGUGGGCGUUUCUGUUUGCACCGAAAAAAAAGUUAUAAUCGGUACUGUAAUUAGUUCCAUAGCUAAAAAAGUAAUAAAGAAUAGUACUUACAUUAUCGUCGAAAAAUAA